AACCACUAAUACUCUCCUGGCUGCGAGCACCUGGCUUUGCCACGACGUGUGUGUGAAUAUUAGGCACAGUAGGACGCCAGAUGAGGGUAGAAAGUAAGGAGGUGCGAGGCGGGUCAGGACUGUCAUCACGCCGUAACCCGUGGGUCCCUCGCAAACAACACACCUGAUGGCCAUGUGGGCCGCGCGAAGGAGGAGCAUCUCUACUUAUACCGUCGGUGGUUGUGCUCGCGCUCAGUAGCACUUCAGCUACAGUCUGGUCUGCAAGCUGUUCUUCAGAAGCCUCGCCAGCUCUUGACCACGGUGUGCUCCGGACGGUGACUGUGGAUGGUUACUUCCUUCCCUUCCCUUGGUGACAGAACGUAAUCAGUAUACGGACUGGUGAAUGAUUCAUUAAAUAUUUGCUCCUCUUCCCAUCCAUUGUUUCCCACAAGGAAGAAAAUAUCACGUGCGGCAUGUAAACUGUCACCAGAUAUUUCGGACUACUGACUAUAUGCACAAGGAGCUGAAACUGGUGCUUUUAAACUUUCCUGCUGCUCUGUUAUGUGAAGGUGAACGAAACACACGUGGUGAAGUGGCUAAUCAUUCGUUGUACAGACCGGUGACGAUCUGACUAUAACUUCAGAAUGGGGUGGCGAUGGAUGUCCGCGGUGGUGGCGGUAGCUGUGAUCGUGAUGUCAUGUGACGCUGUUGUUGGAGAGGAAUCCCGCAAAGAACUAGAGCCUCUUAGCGUCAGCUUAGGAGAUCGGGCAUUCUCGAGACAACACGGAGUUGGACAAAAUUGGGAGGAGUCAAGUUCUGCAGAGGAGCCUCAAAUGAAUUAUGACUAUUUUGUUCAGCCCACGCCAAAAAUAACACAUCAACUUCCUCCUGCUGGAAGGCGGACAUUCAUCUCGGGGGUAUCACACAGUGACUCUUAUUUAGCAGAUACUUCAAGAAGAGUUAGUGGCACCACGGACAAGAACCUUCAUACUAGGAAAGACGAGGUUCUGCAGCACACCAAGACUCAUCCCUCCCACUCUCAGGCCAGCACGGAACUGAACCAGGAGGAGCAAGUGUGGCCAAACGAGGACCCAUUCUCAGUGUUUUAUGACUCCAUGUUUCCCGAAAUGGAGUCCGUUAUUCCAGAAGAGGAAACACAUACCAAGAACAUUCCUAGAAUUCCUCCAAAGGCAACUCAGGAAAGUACGUCCAUUCCCACUGGACCAGAUUCCAGGACUGAGGCAUCAGCUGACAGCACUCCUACAGUCUUACUGAGCGAGACGCAGUUAACCACAAUGGCGCCUGCAUCGCUCUCUUCCUCAUCCAUGCAGAGUACACGAUCUAGCCCUAUGCCAUCCCUUCUGAACACGUCCUUUGGUUCUACAAAAUUCGAAAAAUUAAUCACGAGGAUGUCAUCGGUGUUGGAAAAGUUUGGUCUGUCAAAGUCCUUCACGAAAAAAGUCUUCAAAGAAGAAGAAAAGUUUCUUAACAGCCUCAUCCAUAUGAAGCCUCUAAAUGACAAACUGAACUUUAUUUCACACCAUAAGCUUUCUGCUGUGACUUCAAAGUUGAGCCUUUCUCCUUUGCUUUCAAAGUUUGGUAUUGAAGGCAUUUUUGAAAAGAUAACUUCCAAGCUGAAUCUUACAGACGUGGUCUCCAAACUGGGUCUGCCAGAUAAGGCCUUCAAAAUGAACCUUACAGAUCUUGUAUCGAAAUUCGACAUCGACGAGGUAGCUUACAUAGUAGACCUUGUUGAAGCUGCCUCCAACCUGAACUUUAAAGAUCUGGCAUCAAAAAUGAAUACCGGUCAUGUAAAUGGUGCAAGAUUACAGCAGGUACAGAUCAGUCUAUCACACCUGCUUGAGUACAUCAUGAGCCUGGAAUCAGUGCAACACGCCACAAAAGUGUUGGGUAUCAACGAAACUACGGUGAACGGAGUCUUGGAUCGCGUGGAAGCAUCAGCUCGACAAGUUGUGGAUGAUGGUAACGGAGGGAAGCUGCUGUUACUCCCGCUGUUUGACACUGUCAGCCUCAAUGUUGUGCAGAGUUUGGGUUUUACUAUUCUUUUAUUCUUCUUGCUGCUCUCCGCGUAUUCCUACGUCUCGCUGAAAACAGGCACCAUAGCUAGAGAUGGGUCUGAAAGUCCAUACGUGCCUUCGAUGCCUCGUCCCUCUGAGCUGGAUCUAGACAGCAACCCACAUUGGAGAGCCGCCGUUGACGCUGCUGAAGCCGUUGACUUGCCCUGGAAAAAUAACCGCCACCUCGCUCAGGACCAAGAGGAGCGUGACACAGUGGCUCAUAGUCGUCCAAUCCCGGUGCCUGAUCCCGGGGCGCUACGCAGGCUAGGCCACCAUCCGUCAGGCCACGUCAGGACUCACCCGCAACAAACAAACACUCACCGCGGCCCUCUCGUCGUCCCUGUCAACUUCCGCAGUGACCACCACAUCAAACAUUACCCUGUCAGCAAUCAGCAAGCAAGUCAUUCCCAGCCUGCACCAAUAAGGCCACACCCUGCCCCACACCAUCCUGCCCCACACCAUCAUGUUCCACACCACACUGGCCCAGAACACUCUGCCCCACAACACCCUGUCCCACACCAUAAAGUUCCACACCAUCCUGUCCCACACCACUCUCCCCCACAACUUUCUGUUCCACACCGCUCUGCCCCACAACACCCUGCUCCACACCACCAUACUCCACACCACUCUGUACCACACAACCACGUCCCACACCAUCUACUUCCUCGCCAGCCUUUCAUCCAGCAGCCCGUUCAACCAUUAAAGCCGUAUGUUGAGCCACCACCCUUUCAACCUCUCCCCAGUGCUCAGCCGUAUGAACCAGACCACUAUGACAAACAUCGCCAUUUCGCAUCAUAUGAAGACGACGAUCAGUACGAAGGCCAAGACAAAGACGUUAGAGAACACUUCCAUGACAAGAAAUAUCAAUGGAAUCACGGUCCACACCCUAAACCUGCCUCAGUUGGGACACCUGACUGGCAUUCGAACCCGACGACCACACCCACCGACGCUGUAAAGUUGCACACACACCACCAUAGCUCGUCCCACACGUUCAACUGGCAACCGCAAAGGACCAACCAACAUCCCUCCAGCUUCACAACUACCUUCCGGCCCUCCACCGCUUUUGCCUCGACCCCCAUGCCUACCCCUCCGUCUACUGUUCAUGUAAGACCAACAAGUAAAUACGCCAAGAGGGUCACAUCCUCCCUCUCAGAUAAGAAAGGGGUCAAAACACGAAAAACAAACAUCACCAAUGGAAAGUUGCAUCUAGAAGAGCCUUCAGCAGCAUAAACAAUAGUAGUUUGUUUUCUGUCGUUCCUGACAUCGUUACAAUACAUAAUCAUUAUAGCUGCUGAUGAAAUAUAAGAGAAUGACAAGUUGCCGAGCACGGAGAGUAUCAUGUAUUGGUCAUGAUGCCACACAAGGCUUUGAACCACUGGCCUUAAGUAAUUUCACAAAAACCUCAGCCUUAACUACAUACUAUAAUAAAGAAGAACAAUCAGCAUACCGAAUAAAGAUCAAUCUGGCGUAAAUUUGUUUCUUGGUCUUCAGAUGCAACUAUCCGCGGUCAGGCUGGAGCUCUGGUCAACUAAUGGGUAGCUGUGUGCUGGGGCUGUGCUUUACUCAAGCCCCCGCUGCUGUGUGAAGGCCAGCUGCUUCAAAGAAUUCAGCUAAACAUGCAGGCAGCGGCAGAGGCAGCUAUUAGGACACUUAUCAACCGGAGCAAGAAUACGAACAGGAGAGAAAGAGUACAACCUGAUGGAGACAUCUAGGAAGAGCAGGAAGAAAUGAAGCGUAUUCCUAGUUUCGAAGCAACGAUGUAAACAGUUUGACUACUGGAGUUUCUGCAGCUAUUCAUCGUUUUCAUACAAUAUUAUCUCUCAGUUUUUGUUGUUAUUAAUGAUGAAUUAGUAUUAAAUGUAUGAGUGCGCUUGUGUCUCGUAUACUCGUAUAUAUUCGCUUAGUUUGUUAGACGUAGUUCAUAGUGUCACUCUUUCUUGACUAUUAUGACUGUUAUUUAUUUAUUUAUUUCUGUUCAUCAUAUUUCUUAUAAAUAUGAACUUUU